CCUUUUCUGUGGUAGUAUUUUUUCGCAAUUUGAUUUGUGUGUGAGGGCCGAAGAAAUUUUGCUGGCAGAUAAAGAAAAGAAUUACAGAAAAAAUAGUAAUAAAGAGAAAAAUAUCAAAUUAAGUUAAACGAAGUGUGUUGCGUGUUAAUUUACAUAAAAAAUAAUACAAAAUGAGUGGCAUGGAUAAAAGAAAAUUAUCGACAUCGGGUGAUUCCCUAUAUGAAAUAUUAGGACUUCCUAAAACAGCAACAGCUGAAGAUAUUAAAAAGACUUAUAGAAAACUUGCUUUAAAAUACCAUCCAGAUAAAAACCCAGACAAUGUUGAUGCUGCCGAAAAGUUCAAGGAAGUCAAUCGGGCACAUUCGAUAUUAAGCGAUCAAACAAAACGUAAUAUUUAUGAUAAUUAUGGUUCAUUAGGUCUAUAUAUUGCUGAACAAUUUGGUGAAGAAAAUGUCAAUGCAUACUUUGUGGUAACAUCGCCAGCGGUGAAGGCCUUGGUUAUUUGCUGUACACUCAUAACAGGUUGUUGUUGCUGUUGCUGCUGUUGUUGUUGCUGCAACUUCUGUUGUGGCAAAUUUAAGCCACCCGCAAAUGAAUCACACGAUCAAUAUGCCCAUCUAAAUCGUGACGGUGAAGUUAAAGACGCUAGUGAACGUCCCCCAAAUAUGGGUAAUCCCGAACGACUAGAGGAAGUGGAUUUGGAUGAACCAGCAAUAGGCGGCGGCAUGGGCGGUGCCAAUAGUACUACAUCAACUGGCCUCGGCGGUGGCCAACAACAGCCAGUCUUUGCCAUGCCACCACCACCAGCCACAGGUGUGAAUCCAUUCACAGGUGCCCCCGUGGCUGCAGCCACUGAGCAGACAUCGUUGAAUACCACAGAACAGACAACAUACACACCAGCUAUGGGUUGGCAAUAAUUUACCAAUGUAUUCCCCGGACAACAUUUUAAAGUUACUCCCAACUUUUGUAUAUUGUCGCUAUUUUAUUUUAGUAUUUUAAAAAUGCUCUUUGAGGAUAUAUGGUAAACCAAAAAUAUUAAACAAAAUGAAAAACCUACAUCAUAAUCCAACAACAAGAACACCACCACCACUACCACCAUCUUCAAAUGCCAUCACAUUUCAACAUACCAAGCUAAAAUCAAUUUUAUUAUGUAAUGAAAAUUUAUAUACAUAUAUAUAUUAAAAACUACAAUCAACAAUCAUUAUUUGUGCAUAAAACAAAUAGUAAUUAUGUAAUUCUAUGUACGUUUUAUUCCUAAAAUCAGCUGCCUCCCUUUCACCCUCCCUCUACACUCAAACACACACACGAAAAAAAUAAACAUUUGUAAAGUAUUUAAAAGAUUAGGUUUAUUCACGAAAUAAACAUUAACAAUAAUCAUAUAAAAAUAUUUAUAAAUAUAAAACAAUUCAAUUCCAAGUACCAAAUAAAAUAAAAUAAUAAUACAAAUUUAAACCGGUAAGCCAUAAUUAGGUAUGGCGCACAGAAAUGCGAAAGAGAUUCGUGUAAUUAUCCAACACAUGGACGGAAGAAAAUUUGCUCCAUUUGUUUUUCAAUUUUUUUUUGAAGUUUUUGUGCAGUUUUGAGUUCCGUCAAAUAUUGUUUUUAUGAUAAGUUUGCACAUGAAAAAUAAUUGUUCAAGCCCUUUGAAACUGGAGAUUGUGUCCAAAGAAGAAACAAUUGUAAUAUGGGUUCAUUUUCUGUGAGAAAUUUCCUUUAUUCCAGUCCAUGUGUUUAUAAUGAAGCGAAUAUCAUAGAUAAGCCUAAAGGUAUGCUACAAAAUCAAUGUAGGAAAUUACCUAUAAAAGACCCCCUUUUCCCAUGUGAGAAACAAAAUCAAUAAAAAAAAUAAUUGUAAUUAUAUGAGAAAAAUAAUCAGGAAUGGAAUCAUAGAAUCUAACAAGCAAGUAUUCUUCAUAACAAACAAAAUUCAAAUUAACAAAAAACCAAAUUUGUUUUGAAACAUUUAAACUUUUAAAAAUUCAAUGUAUUAAAAUAAAAUUUGAAAAAAAGAAAAAUUAUAUAAUUAUAAACAAAAACAUAAUGUAAAAUAUAUAAAUAUAUAUUUUUGUUUUCCAUAAAUUACAAAAAAAAACCCAACUACUUGACCUACAACAAUGUUAUUGUGUAGCCAAAAAAAAUCGAACUAAUUAAUAUGUAUAUGUAAUUUGUUUAAAUAAAGUAAUGCAAGAAUCCUUAAGAAAAAAAAAACACAGAGAAAACAAAUUGUUAUUUAGUUGCAUUUUUUCCUGUAUGUGUCGUUUCUAUUAUUAAUUAUCAAGUUUCCCUUUACUCCUCCCCUGCCCCCCGCCCUAAAUUUCAGAAUUAAUAAAAUCAAUUAAUAAUUAUAAACAAAAACAAAAAAACAUUUUUAAAUUAAUGCAAAAAAAACCUAUUUAAAUUUAAUUUUUAAAUUUAGAUUUGAAAGAAAAACAAAUAAUAAUCGUAUGUAUUUUAUGAAUAUACAACUACAACUUAAUAUUAAAUUUCAAAGUUUUUAGCUUAGUUCAUAAUUUAUUGUGUAUUUAAAUUAUAAUAUACAACAAAAACAUUAACUAGUAUUGAGGUUUUCUAUAUGAAAAACACAAAACACAUUAAAAAUGAGUAUCAAGAUCCUUGUUGUUUUCUUUUUUUUUUUUAAUUACAAAAUUCUGUUUUGUUUUUAGUUUCAAAAUAAAUAUAUUUUUUUUUUGUUGUAAUCUAUAAUCAAUAUAUAAUAAUAAUGAAAAUAUAUAUUCUUUUUGAAGAAGAAGAACAAUAGAAAGGCAUUUAUUUAAAAGCAAUUGAUGGGUUCAAUGUUUUAUUUAGAGGUCUCGUAGACGCUGUGUUUCGAAACUACUCCACUCGAAAGGCCUUUUGGUCCCUUGCAAUUCUCCUAAGAAAGUUUAAAUAUAAAAAACGAUAGAAUAGAAGAGAAAGUAGGAGAUGGAAGGUGCUUUAGAAGGAAAUGGGUUUAGUGAAUAUCGGUGCAGCUGCAAUCACUUUUAACUAUUUACUACUGAAAGAGUCUUGGUUUAUCCUAAGGCAAGGUAAUGCGGAAGAAAAUCACAUACGUCAUAUACAUAUAUGUGUCUUAAAAAAAUUGUGAUUUUUUUUUUUUGCAAUAAAUACUAAAACUUACAUCCAGAUCAAGACCUACACAAAGUCGGCCAAGAAGACUACUUUUGACAAUAAACUUAGUAGUUUUUCACUAUUGUGAUUUGACUUUCUUUAAAUUUAAAAUCACAAUAUGUAGUAUGACAGCAAACUGGGUUGUCAGAUGGGCUUACUGGCCAACCUUAUGUAGACCAUGAUCCAGAUGUUGUUGCGAAUAAACACUUAACAAAAAUGUUGUCAGAUCAAAGCUUAAAUCGUAACUUUAGUGCGAAAAUACAAGUCACGAUUUAAGCUAUGAUCAGUCUUUGACCUUUAGGGAAGAACCUUCGUUUCCUCAUGUAAAUGGUUCACUGGAGUCAUGAGGAGGCACCCUGUUGCAGUUCUCAGGGCGGCAUUCUUUCCAUUGCUUUACCGACAUAUCGCUUUAUAAAAAUCAAAGAGCUAUGUAACCAUAAUGCAAUAAUCCGGAGUUAUAGCGCGUUUGGAUUAGCCCGCAUUAUCAGGAUUUAUUGCUUAAUCCGGGUUUAUUCAACCAAAUUUACUAUAUAAAAAAUAGAUCUCACACGACCUGACGUCUAAUUACCGCAUACGAUAUCGAGAAGUUACGAUAUCGUAAUCUUUUUUUUGGUAAUCUUCGAGUACUUGACAUGGAAUUGUCGAAUGAAACCAUGCGAGUUUUUGCCCGCGACUAUUUUUGUAUCGUAUACGACAAUUUAAGGUGUUAUAAUUCUGAUUGGAGCAUAAUUUGUGCAUUAAUUCAAAAACAAAAUGUAAGUUUCUUUAAAAAUAUUAAAUAAUUAUUAUGAUUUGACACAAAAGCUUCUUUGAAUUUUGCCGACUCUUCCAAUCGAAAUAUUAUUUUUUUUUUGUGACACUACUUUUCCAUUUCUUUUAAAAGUCGGUGUGCGGUUUUGCACAAAGCACUUUGGCUCAAACCAACCAAAAAGUCGUUCCCGACACAAUGCUGGAAGCUGCUGCUAGCUACAAGUGAUGGUGUAACUGCUAACUUUACAGUAGGUAGUACCGCUGUUGACAUAUGGCCAGUUAAGUGCAGUUCUGACAAAAUAUAUUAAAAAGCUUCCUUUAAACCUUCAAUGUGAGAAAGAACUAUAACAGCAUAUAUUCUGGCAAAGAUAAAGGAUUGAUUAUAUCGCGAAUUUAUUUUCGUAAGAUGUUUACAUUUAAAUCAUCUUCUGAAUCCGACGAUGACAUAAAAAAACACAAGUCCUCGCCCAUUUUUGCAAAAAUUCACUUUUUCAACAUGUUUUGUUAAUUCUUAAAGAUAGCAAAUUUGACAUUGUCAAAUGUAACAAAAUCGAUAAAAUGACGAUCGAAAGCAAUCAUCCCAACAAUAAAUUCAAGCCGUAAUUCAUGUCGAUACAAUUUUGCAUACGAUAGAGGAUGCCGUAAUUAGACACCUGUAGUGGAAUUCUCUAACUCAUUUUUUGAGUUACCGACAAAAAUCGGUAAAAUUAAAAUGCUUAUAAUUUCGGUAAUGAACGAAAUUUAUCGAUAAGUUUGCUACGAAAUCAAUGUAGUCGCUAAGACCUACCGAUAGAUACCAGUAUUUUCGACUUUAACUUAUUUUUUAUAUCAAAAUUUUGGGUUUCAAAGUUACCGAUUUUUGUCGGUAACUCAAAAAAUGAGUUAGAGAAUCCUACUACUGGUUUAUAUAAAACCCAUGAGUGCAUCAACGCUUGGGAACAUUGAUAUGCCAAAAAGUUUAAAUGUUUUAUAAAAAAUAAGUAGAUUUUAAAAUGUUUUUUUAUACGACGUCAAUCGGAGGUUGUUUACGAAUUUCAAUAAUUUUUCAUUCAACAUUUUCAAUUCCAAAAACAGUUUGACAGUUCAUUGUCCCAGUAGCUGUGUCGGUGCGACUACAUGCAUUCUUCUACAUUGCUAAGAACACAAGAUUAACCAAUUAGAUAUACUACUCCGUGGGUUAAUCUUCAAUAGAAUCGAAAAAAAGUAGUAGAUUCUUGCAGGUUCUGGAACAGAGCAUAUGUACCACAAACCACUUUGAGUAUGUUUGAACUACUAAAUCACUCGAUUUCAAAUGUCAAUUCCUUAGUGUAUACGUCACGUAUAUCGUAUUUAUAAAUCAACGCAUGGUAGAAGAAUAUAGGUAAACGCAUCGACACAGCUGUUGGGACAAUGAACUGUCAAACCAAUUUUGGAAUUGAAAAUGUUGUAUGAAAAAUUAUUUGAAUUUGUACAAAUUUUUGAAAAACACGUAUUAUAAUAACCUACGAAUGGUGUCGUAUAAGAAAACAUAUGAAAAUCUACUUAUAUUUGAAAAGAAAUUUAAAAAAUGUUGACAUAUAAAUGUUAAACGUUUUUUCAGAAAUAAGUAGAUUUGUAUAUGUUUUCCUAUGCGACGUCAAUCGGAGGUUGUUAUGAUAUGCAUUUUUUUUUUAAUUUUUACAAAUUUGAAUAUUUUUUCAUUCAAAAAUUUCAGUUCCAAAAUUGGUUUGACAGUUCAUUGCCCUAGCAGCUGUGUCGAUGCGACUACCUGUAUUAUUCUACCAUGUAUAUGAAAUUGACAUUUGUCAUCGAGGGGAUUUUGUAAAUCUAAACCUGCGAUUAACCUCAAUUUCUAAGAAAUAAACAGCCAUAUUAAAUAUUUUUUAUUUAGUUAUUGUUGUAUAUAUAGCCCAAAUAUUAACUAUUAACUAUUAAAAUUACAAAAACAUUAUAUACAUAUAUUAUUGAAUAUAUGUUUUCCUAAUUGGUAGUAUUAGUUAGUAUUUUUUUUAAAUAAAAAAUAUAUAUUUAUUAUUAUUAUUUUUUUUAAUAUUCAAUUUCAAAUAUUUGAUAGAAUUUUUCUGUUAUUCUACAUAGAAUGUCCGUAGUAGAAACAGAAAACUAUAGUUUAAAAGUCCAUAUACAUUCAGUUUCUUUUAAUUUUGCCUUAAUGUUUGCAUUUUUUUUUAAUUAAAAUAUUUUUUUUAUUAAAAAUAACAUAAAUACAACAAAAUUCAAAACAUAUACAUAUAUAAUAAAAAUCACAUCUCACACAUACAUAUACUUAUGAGCAUAUAUAAAUUAUUAUAAAUAAUAUUAAUGAAUUAUUUCCUUAAAAUAAAAAAAAACUACAAAAAAAACCCAAAAAUGUAUAAUUAUGAAAAUCAAGAAAAACAAAACUCUUAAUAGACUACAAUUUAAAAUUAAAAAAAAACAUUUUUUUCUUUAUUGAAAUAUAAAAUAAAUUUAAGUGACAAAAAAAAAACAACAACACAAGCAAGCAAAUACCAUCAACCAAUACCCUUAAUUCUAUAUUUAUAUAUGAAGAGAAAAAUAUAUAUUAAAAACAAAAGAAAAAACUAUAUAUGAAAAAUUUAACCAUACCAAACCGAAAUCAAUCAUAGUAAACGAAUUGUUUUCUCUCAGCCGUUGAAAAGAAAAAAAAAAAAAACAAAAAGACGAAGAAACAAAGCAAAACCACAACUCAUUUUUAGGGACGAUCUCUUUUAGAACAGAAUAUGCCCCCCGUUCCUUCCUCAUUGUACUAUUUUUUAAUCCACUGUAACAAUGUUCUAUUACAAAAAAAGUAAAACAAAAACAACAUAAGAACAACAACAACAAUUAUAUCUACAAUAAACAAUAAAAUUUAUUAAAAACCAAA